AUGGCGGACGAGCAGGGGGGAGCCUCCCCGCUGGAGCUGUUCAACAGCAUAGCUGCCCAGGGAGAGCGCGUGAGAGCCCUCAAAGCCGGGCAGGCGGCCAAGGAUGAACUUGAUUCUGCGGUGAAGAAGCUAUUAUCACUAAAGAUGAGCUACAAAGCGGCCAUGGGGGAGGACUAUAAGCCUGACUGCCCCCCAAACAACCCGGCACCUGCGGGGGAGAGGGGCCCGGAUGCCACGGAAGCUGAAGAGGACUUUGUGGACCCGUGGACGGUACAGACGAGCAGUGCAAAAGGCGUUGACUAUGACAAGCUCAUUGUCCGGUUCGGAAGCAGCAAAAUUGACAAAGAGCUGAUCAACCGCAUAGAGAGAGCCACGGGCCAGAGGCCACACCGCUUCCUGCGCAGGGGCAUCUUCUUCUCACACAGGGACAUGAACCAAGUCCUCGACGCCUAUGAAAACAAGAAGCCGUUCUACCUGUACACGGGCAGGGGCCCCUCGUCUGAAGCCAUGCAUGUCGGCCACCUCAUCCCGUUCAUUUUCACAAAGUGGCUGCAGGACGUGUUCAAUGUGCCCUUGGUCAUCCAGAUGACGGACGACGAGAAGUACCUGUGGAAGGACCUGACCCUGGACCAGGCCCAUGGCUACGCCGUGGAGAAUGCCAAGGACAUCAUCGCCUGCGGCUUUGACAUCAACAAGACCUUCAUCUUCUCUGACCUCGACUACAUGGGGAUGAGCCCAGGCUUCUACAGGAACGUGGUGAAGAUUCAGAAGCACGUGACCUUCAACCAAGUGAAAGGCAUUUUUGGCUUCACGGACAGCGACUCUAUCGGAAAGAUCAGCUUUCCCGCCAUCCAGGCUGCUCCCUCCUUCAGCAACUCGUUCCCGCAGAUCUUUGGGGACAAGACAGACGUCCAGUGCCUCAUCCCCUGUGCCAUCGACCAGGAUCCUUACUUCAGGAUGACGAGAGACGUCGCCCCCAGGAUCGGCUAUCCUAAGCCAGCCCUGCUGCACUCCACCUUCUUCCCGGCCCUGCAGGGGGCCCAGACCAAAAUGAGUGCCAGCGACCCCAACUCCUCCAUCUUCCUCAUAGACACCGCGAAGCAGAUCAAGAACAAGGUCAACAAGCACGCGUUUUCUGGAGGGAGGGACACCAUCGAGGAACACAGGCAGUUUGGGGGCAACUGCGACGUGGACGUGUCCUUCAUGUACCUGACCUUCUUCCUGGAGGAUGACGACAAGCUGGAGCAGAUCCGGAAGGAUUACACCAGCGGAGCCAUGCUCACCGGGGAGCUCAAGAAGGAGCUCGUGGAUGUCCUGCAGCCCCUGAUCGCGGAGCACCAGGCCCGGCGCAAGGAGGUCACAGACGAGAUCGUCAGAGAGUUCAUGACCCCCCGGAAGCUGUUCUACGACUUUCAAUAA